AUGGCAUCGGCAGACUCGGCGAGCAUUGUCAUUGUUGCCUCCCAGAACCCCGUCAAGAUCGGCGCGGCUCUGGACGGCUUCUCGCGCAUGUUUCCCACCUCGACAUUCAAAGUGCGAGGGGUCAGCGUUCCGUCGGGCGUGCCGGACCAGCCGUUUACUGACCAGGAAACGCUGCAAGGAGCCAUCAACAGGGCGCGCAAUGCGCGCAACGCAGAGCCGGGCGCGGACUACUGGAUUGGCCUGGAGGGGGGUGUCGAUGCCGAGGCGGAUGGCGGGCCGAUGCAGUCCUUCGCAUGGGUAGCGGUGGUGGGCAAGGGAGAGGCCGGCAGGGGUGAGCGAGUGGGCAAAGCCCGAACAUCGACGUACUACCUGCCGGAGGAGACGGCCAGGCUGCUUCGAGACGGGAUGGAGCUGGGCCACGCUGAUGAUUUGGUCCACGGCCGGACCAACUCCAAGCAUAAAAGUGGCUCGGUGGGCAUCCUGACGGGCGACGUGGUGAACCGGCAGAGCUACUACUCCGAGGCGGUGGUGUUGGCGUUGAUUCCCUUUAAGAAUGCUCAGCUGACAUUCUGA